CGAUGUUUCACCUCGUACUCCAAACGUCUGGGUCGAUCACUGCACAUCACCAAACCUACCAAAACCACAUCACCUGCAUCUCACAUAUCAUAAAAGUUUUGCCUUUGCGGAAAUCUAACAUCGAAGAGAGCCGCUGUGCGAGUGUUCUGCCCGCUGGUACCAAAUCCCAAGUCGCCAUGGCGAGCGAUAUCCCCUCGACCAUGAAGGCAUGGCUCGUCACCAGAAACGGCCAGCCAAAAGACGCGCUGACCUUGAAGACUGACUACCCUGUGCCAUCCAAGCUCAAGUCAGGGAACGUCCUCAUCAGGGUGUCUUAUGCAGCCCUGAAUCCCGCGGAUCUCAACUUCAUGGGCAACAUACCCAACUGGGUUCCUUUCCGCCACAAUCCCAUCCCAGGUCUCGACUUUGCUGGGGAGGUUGUCAAGGUUGGACCAUCAGUACCGAGUGAUCUUGGUGUGGCCGUGGGUGCGCAAGUAUGUGGCGCGCUCAACGUCAUCUCAGUGGCCGUGGGGAGGGGCAGUCUGGCCGAGUACAUCGAGGUGCCCGCGAGCAAGGUGGUAGUAAAGCCGAAGGGAGUCGACACAAUAGAUGCCGCGGGCGCACUCGGGAUAGCUGGGCAGACGGCGUACAUCGUGCUCAAAGAAGCCGGCGUAAAGGCGGGCGACCGUGUGCUGGUCAACGGUGCUAGCGGUGGCGUGGGCAGUGUCCUUGUCCAGGUGGCAAAAUCAAAAGGCGCUGUUGUGUUUGGGGUCUGCUCGUCAGCGAAUGCUGAGAUGGUCAAGGGGCUAGGUGCUGAUGAGGUGAUCGACUACAAAGCCUACGAGUCUCUGGCAGCUCAUCUGACCGACAGCUUCGAAUCAAAACCCAUGAAUCGCAUCUUCGACUGCGUCGGGAGUGACGAGCUGUUCCAGAGAUCAGCCAAGUACCUCGACAAAGACGGGAUGUUUAUCACGAUUGUGGGCGGGGUGGGUGCUGGGCCAAUUGUGAGAAGCAAGUUGUUGCCAGUCGCACUUGGCGGAGUGCCGCGAAGGUACAAACUUCUCGCCCUGUGGCCAGAUGGAGCCAUCGCGAAAGAGGUUGCAAAAUGGAUCGAGAACGGAGAAUAUAUCAAGUUCCCCAGGGACUCGGAAUACUCGAUGAACGACGCAAUCAAGGGCUACGAACGCGUGGCGAGUAAAAGAUCUAGGGGCAAGGUCGUAGUCGCAGUCUCUUGAGGAAUGUGAUUAGACCAAGAACAGAUUAUCCUUGGCAGAGGGUCGCAGACAGCAAAUAAUUAUCUGAAAGCGGGCAGGCUCGCUGGCGGUAGCCGGAUGUAAUAACGAUUAAACAACAUAACGACCAAUGGAUAAAUAUCCUGCAGCAGAGCUAGGAUCAUUACUAUUAGUAGUACGAUCAUAUUAUUAUUAACCACG